UCUUCCCGAAGGAGCUUCAACCGGCUUUUCGGGCUGGUGUCGCGGCGGCCUUGCUGGGCAGAAUGAAUGUGAUAGACCACUUGCGAGACAUGGCGGCAGCGGGGCUGCACUCCAACGUGCGGCUCCUCAGCAGCUUGUUACUUACAAUGAGUAAUAACAACCCUGAGUUAUUCUCCCCAUCUCAGAAGUACCAGCUUUUGGUGUAUCAUGCAGAUUCUCUCUUUCACGAUAAGGAAUAUCGGAAUGCUGUGAGUAAGUAUACUAUGGCUUUACAGCAGAAGAAAGCCUUAAGUAAAACUUCAAAAGUGAGACCUUCAACUGGAAAUUCUGCAUCCACUCCACAAAGUCAGUGUCUUCCAUCUGAAAUUGAAGUAAAAUACAAAAUGGCUGAAUGUUAUACAAUGCUAAAACAAGAUAAAGAUGCCAUUGCUAUUCUUGAUGGGAUCCCUUCAAGACAAAGAACUCCCAAAAUAAACAUGAUGCUGGCAAACCUGUACAAGAAGGCCGGUCAGGAGCGACCUUCAGUCACCAGCUAUAAGGAAGUGCUGAGGCAGUGCCCAUUAGCCCUUGAUGCCAUUCUAGGUUUGCUGUCCCUUUCUGUAAAAGGUGCAGAGGUGGCAUCAAUGACGAUGAACGUGAUCCAGACCUUGCCUAACUUAGAUUGGCUCUCUGUGUGGAUCAAAGCGUAUGCUUUUGUGCACAUUGGUGACAACUCGAGAGCAAUCAAUACCAUCUGUUCACUAGAGAAAAAGUCCUUAUUGAGAGAUAACGUGGACCUACUGGGAAGCUUAGCAGAUCUGUACUUCAGAGCCGGAGACAAUAAAAACUCUGUCCUCAAGUUUGAACAGGCACAGAUGUUGGAUCCUUAUCUGAUAAAAGGAAUGGAUGUAUAUGGCUACCUCCUGGCACGAGAAGGGCGGCUGGAGGAUGUGGAGAACCUUGGCUGCCGCCUUUUCAAUAUUUCUGAUCAACAUGCAGAACCCUGGGUGGUCUCUGGGUGUCAUAGCUUCUAUAGCAAACGCUACUCCCGAGCCCUCUAUUUAGGAGCCAAGGCCAUUCAGCUGAAUAGUAAUAGUGUUCAAGCUUUGCUACUUAAGGGAGCAGCACUUAGAAACAUGGGCAGAGUCCAAGAAGCAAUAAUUCACUUUCGGGAGGCUAUACGUCUUGCACCUUGUCGCUUAGAUUGUUAUGAAGGUCUCAUCGAAUGUUACUUAGCCUCCAACAGUAUUCGUGAAGCCAUGGUAAUGGCUAACAAUGUUUACAAAACUCUAGGAGCAAAUGCACAGACCCUUACCCUUUUAGCCACCGUUUGUCUUGAAGACCCAGUGACACAGGAGAAAGCCAAAACUUUAUUAGAUAAAGCCCUGACUCAAAGGCCGGACUACAUUAAGGCUGUGGUGAAAAAAGCGGAACUGCUUAGCAGAGAACAGAAAUAUGAAGAUGGAAUUGCUUUGCUGCGCAACGCACUAGCUAAUCAGAGUGACUGUGUCCUGCAUCGGAUCCUAGGAGAUUUCCUUGUAGCUGUCAAUGAGUAUCAGGAAGCAAUGGACCAGUAUAGUAUAGCACUAAGUUUGGACCCCAAUGACCAGAAGUCUCUAGAGGGGAUGCAGAAGAUGGAGAAGGAGGAGAGUCCCACGGAUGCCACUCAGGAGGAGGAUGUGGACGACAUGGAAGGGAGUGGGGAAGAAGGGGACCUGGAGGGCAGCGACAGUGAGGCGGCCCAGUGGGCUGACCAGGAGCAGUGGUUCGGCAUGCAGUGAGGCAGGCACAGCUCCGUGGCCACACUGGCCUGCCCUGCUCUGAGCACUUCCAUGGACUGAAGGAACCUGUAGGAGCCCGCUCUCUGGGAGGACAAUGAUUCAGCAUGUGAUUGCAGCAGGGGUCUCUGCCCCUUGCUCCAUAUUUCUAGUAGUGACUUCAUUUUUAAAAACUGAGCCUGACCAACCUUCCAUAUAUCUCCAUCCUCCUCUGCUCCAGUCAGGGAGGACCAAGUGAGCGCUCAGAGGCCCGUGGACAUGUCGGGGCUUCUGGGACAGAGUGCUUUUUAUAGAACUAACUUCUAAAUCUGAAAGCUCGAGGAAUAGACAGUGUUUUGUCUGUGAUGUUGUGGAUGGGUUUAAAGGAGUGACCUGUUCCCCAGAGCAAGAGUGUCAUCUCCCAGCAGCAGCAUGGACUGGCCCUUUCAGAGAGGGUUUCCUGUCCCAGAAAUCAUUAUCCUGGGUUGUCCAAACUUCCCUAGUAACCUUGCUUCCCUCUGCAAUGUUAGUAAUGCCUUAAGCUGACAGUUGCUGUUUUGCAGAACAGUUUUCCUAUUUGCUAAUCUGAUAACUUGCCUGUGAGCCUGGGCCGAAUCUGAGAAACAAGUGUGACCUAGAGCAUGAACAGAGGCGCAGUU